AUGGCCCAGGGAAAGGAUCAGUCGUUCGCCAGCCGUUUUUUUCUCAUAUGUCGGAAAAGUAGCCAAGAACAAAGAGGACAAGAAAGUGAGGUGCCUCACAUCUCUGAGUUCACCAUCAUGUGGAAUACGUUAAUGAAAGAGUUCUUAGCUAAAGCCAAAGAAGAUUUUUUAAGAAAAUGGGAGUGUCCACCUCAGAGCACAACGUGUCUGGAUGACUUUGAAAGGUUCAAGACUCUGGGAACUGGUUCAUUUGGUCGAGUAUUGCUGGUCAAGCAUAAAGGAACAAACCAAUUCUACGCUAUGAAAGUUUUGGACAAACAAAAGGUGGUAAAAUUGAAACAGAUAGAACAUACACUGAAUGAAAAGAGAAUACUUCAGGCCGUCUCCUUCCCUUUCCUCGUCAGAUUGGAGUACGCUUUCAAGGACAAUUCAAACCUCUACAUGGUAAUGGAAUAUGUGCCAGGUGGAGAGAUGUUCUCACAUCUCAGACGUAUUGGAAGGUUCAGUGAACACCAUGCAAGAUUUUAUGCAGCUCAGAUAGUGCUCACCUUUGAGUACCUCCACUCAUUAGACCUCAUCUACAGAGACCUGAAGCCUGAAAACCUGCUUAUUGAUCAACAUGGUUACAUUCAGGUCACAGACUUUGGCUUUGCAAAAAGAGUAAAAGGAAGAACCUGGACGUUGUGUGGAACACCUGAGUACUUGGCACCAGAAAUCAUCCUCAGCAAGGGCUACAACAAAGCUGUGGACUGGUGGGCACUCGGUGUUCUCAUCUAUGAGAUGGCUGCUGGUUACCCUCCAUUUUUUGCUGAUCAGCCCAUUCAGAUCUAUGAGAAGAUUGUGUCUGGCAAGGUACGAUUCCCCUCCCACUUCAGCUCCGAUCUGAAGGAUCUGCUGAGAAAUCUGCUUCAGGUGGACUUGACAAAGAGAUUCGGAAAUCUUAAAAAUGGUGUUAAUGACAUCAAAAAUCACAAGUGGUUCUCAACAACAGACUGGAUUGCCAUAUAUGAGAGAAAGGUUGAAGCCCCCUUCUUACCCAAGUGCAGAGGACCUGGAGACACAAGCAACUUUGAUGACUACGAAGAGGAGGACAUUCGUGUCUCACAAACGGAAAAGUGUGCAAAAGAAUUUGCUGAAUUCUAG